GCAUCCUCCGUUUUUUGUUCGUUGCAAGUAUUUUAAUGAAGACGUUUUAGACUGCUCUAUGCUGUAUUCUCCAAAACCACACCUUCUACUAAUAGAGCCAUCAGUGUUUGAUGUGUUCUCAUCAGCGUUGAUCGAAGCUCAUCAUCCACCGUGCGCUCGUGUGUGCACCCAUACCGUGGCCAUGCCUAAAUCCCCGUGUACUCCUUGAGCUGUCACUUCAAACCUUUGUGUUUCGAUGUUGUUUAACUUAUUCCAAAAUCCCCCGCUCGCAACCCGCUCAAUCACACCUUUGUUAGGCAAAACGAUGUCCAAAAUGGUAGUUUUAAGAAGCUGUAGGACAUAGUUUGAUGCCCAGUGCUCAUCAUGAAUCUUAUCGGCGUGGUAGUAUCGUUAGGCACGCUGCUAGCUGUAUCAAAAUGUGCUCCGAUGGAGUCGUCAGAUGCGGAUCAGGAUACUGAACUCCUCAACUACGAAAGUAUCCACGGGCAGGAAAUGUAUCGGUUUAAGUACGAAACGAGUGAUGGACAGUUUAGGGAGGAAGUCGGUAUGCUGGUGAACGUUGGAACGCCCGAGCAGGAGCUGAUGCUGAUGGGCCAGUAUGGGUACAAGAAUAAGGACGGCACGAUGGUGAUGGUCAUGUACACGAGCGGCAAGAAGGGCUAUCGGGCACGAACGGUGACAAGAAACGCACGCGAUGCAGAUUUAAGGAUGAAGGCUUUCCUGUCGUUGCUGAUGGGAUAGAUCUGCCGGGGUUGAGAUCAUUCAGAUCAUUAAAAGGAUGGAGAGAAAAUGAAAAAAAAA